AUGAGGACCUUUCCUGACCAGAGCGGCUCACAGGUGUUGGGGAGACAUGCGGCAAAAGCAAUUUGUACAAGGCCUGCCUCUCCAACCACUCUGACUUUUGCAGAGGACCUUCCUAUAGGAACACAAUUGUACCAGUAUGCGGGUUAUGACAGUGACGGGGAUAAUGUUUAUUUCUACACACUUGGCGGUGGCGGUGAUCCUUUCGCUUUAUCAAGAGGAAGUCUUAUAUUGGAUUCUGCCCUGGAUUUCGAAAAUCCUACAGCCUAUUUCGUGAACUAUGUUUGGGUGCGAGAUAGGUUCACUAGCAUCUACUCUGGUAAUCCAUGUGAAGCACUGACUAUCAAUGUACUUCCUGUUAAUGAAUUUGACCCGGUCCUCACCCCCACGGCUCAGACUGUCACCAUUCCAGAAGGUUCUCCUCAGGAUUUGUACGUGGCUGGGUUUGUGUGCAGCGAUCAGGACAAAGAGCCGCCAGGGAAUCCCGACGGUUGCUCUAUAAUGUCUAUUGUAUCUGGAGAUGAUGCAUUGCAGAAGUUUAAAAUGGUUGCUAGCACAGGUAAUGGUACAAUCUUGACAACGAACAACGUCAUUGAUUACGACACUGGUGACGUCACGUACAUACUCCUUGUGAUUGGUGUUGACAGCUCAACUCGAGACGCUCGUAGAACAGGAACUAUGACGGUUACAGUCAACAUCCUACCUGUUAACGAGUUCACCCCGUCCAUUCAGGAUCAACCAAUAACAAAAAGUAUUCCGGAGAAUACACGUGUUGGCACAGAGAUCUUAUCAGUGAAUGCGAUAGACAGUGACGCAGGACCUCAUGGCGAACUUACGUACAAAAUAAUAGAUGGAAACACCGAAAACAAGUUUUUGAUCAGCAAAACCACUGGGAAGAUUUAUUUGAGAAAUUCUGUAGACUUUGAAUCUGCAAGCAAGGCCUACUCUUUCACUAUAGAAGUUAGUGAUGGCGGCGGUUUAUCUUCCACAGCUGUUGUUGACGUCACAAUUACUGAUGUCAAUGACAACAAACCAGAGUGCACGCCCAAGGAAUCCAACAUAACCAUUCGUGAGGACCAAGCCAUUGGGACAACGGUUCUAACGAUAACCUGCACGGACAGGGAUGCAGGGACAAUGUUGACCUAUCAGAUGUUAUCUGGUGACCACAGCCAUUUCCAAAUUUCAUCUGCAGGUGAACUUAAAGUUUCACAAGAUCUUGGAUAUGACGAUGGCAUUACAGUGUACUACAUGAUGUUAGAAAUUUCUGAUGGUAUUCAUUACACGAAAGUGUGGGUCUUGGUCCAGCUUACAUCAGUUAACGAUUAUGUCCCUACUUUUACAAACAGAGCCAUUAUUGUAAAUGAAAAAGCUGUCGUUGGUGAUGAGAUAAUCGAAUUCAUAGCAGAAGAUGCAGAUGCCCCUCCUCAUGGUGUGACGUCAUAUCAAAUAUUAAAUGUGAAAAAUGGAAACAUAGGAACCUUUUACAUCGGGAAAGCAUCAGGAAAAAUAUUCUUGGCACAGGGACUGGACUUUGAGAGUGUUCCACAAUAUGAAAUCGUCGUCAUGGCCACAGAUGGUGGUGGGAAGACGGGCACAGGAACAGUUACAGUCAAUGUUAAUAACGAAAAUGACAACGCUCCCACUUGUACAACACCAGCAGAGAGCCUCACGGUGUCGGAAAACUCUGUUCCAGGUGACGUGAUUGUGGCAGAUUUUGGAUGUUCAGAUGAAGAUAAUGAUCUUUUGAUUUACACUUUGAUCCAAGACCCAGCAGAUAAUGGGUUUGAAAUUGUAUCAAAUCGACUCACAGUAAAAGGUACCCUUGACUAUGAAACAACUACGUUCUACAGCAUAAUUGUAACUGUAUCGGAUGGAUCGUUAUUCACACAGAUGAAACUGGCAAUAAACAUUUUAAAUGAAAAUGAAGCCGCUCCCCAAUUUUUUAACAAAGUGAUGUCCGGCACAGUUAGUGAAGAUGAUGUUGUCGGAAAGUCCAUUUCUACAGCUUUUGCAGUGGAUCCUGAUAACGAUGAUGUAGUCUAUUCAUUUGUUGGUAUAUAUCCAAACUUUAUGAUUGAUCCAAGAAAAGGGAAGAUUACACUUCGACGUUCUGUAGACAGAGAGAGACAACCUACUAUUGUUCUGUACGUUCUGGCUUCCGAUGGCGAAUUGAGUUCCACGGCAACCGUAUCAGUGACAGUUCUGGACGUGAACGAACCGCCAAAAUUCGGCAGUACUAAUUAUCACUUUUCCAUAGCAGAAAAUACUUCGAGUGGCGGUACUGUAGGAACAGUCUCAGCUGCAGAUGCUGAUGUAGGAGCGACAAAUGGGCAAGUCAGAUACAAAAUUCUUUCUGGAAAUGAUGAAUCCUACUUCCAAGUAGAAAGCACUAGUGGAGUUGUUACUAUUGCCUCUCCAACAGAUUAUGAAAAAUUUAAAACAGCGUUGUUGGUGAUUGAAGCAUCGGACUUUGGAUCACCAUCCUUAUCCGGUAUAUGUACAGUCAUUAUUCAAAUUCUGGACAGAAAUGACAAUACACCAGAGUUUUUAAGCUCUACUUUACAAGAAAAAGUAUCUGAAGAUACUCCUUUGGGACAGCGGAUUACUCAAGUGUUUGCUUUUGAUAAAGAUUCUUCUGCAAACGGAAACAACAAAGUCAGUUACCAGUCUGCCUCCGUUGUGCCUUUCCAGGUGGAUUCAAUGUCAGGAGUGGUGACUCUUAUGGGAAAUUUAGACAGGGAAACAAUCUCAAGGUUCCAAAUGGUUAUCCUUGCCACUGAUGAUGGGGCACCUCGUAGGACGGGAACAUUGACGCUAGAAAUUAUUGUUACUGAUGUCAACGACAACGCUCCUGCAAUAACAGGAAGCUACCUUACUACGGUGUCAGAGAAUGUACCAGAAAACUUCGUUAUUUUUAAUAUCAAUGGUUCUGAUGUCGAUGGAGAUUCAAUUGGAACACUUAAAUAUGAACUUGCUUCUUCCGAAAUGAAGACGAUCUUUAAGAUAGAACCGAAUACAGGUGUAUUACAAGUUGCUUCUCCAUUGGACCGAGAAUCAGUUGAUAGAUAUGAUGUAAUUAUAAAGGUUUCUGACAACGGAUUCCCUACUAGGUCGACAUCUGUUACUGCUACCAUUAAUAUCGGAGACGUGAAUGAUAAUACUCCUACUUUCUCAAAGACAUUUUACGAAUUUCUUGUGCAAGAGCACGCUGUUUUUAACACUUUCCUCGGAACAAUCACAGCCACUGAUGAUGACAUUGGAUCAAACUCCGAGUUGACAUAUCAAAUAGCAACGUAUUGGAAGGGGUCGAUAGGAAAGUUUAGAAUAAAUGAAAUUACCGGGGACAUUUACACCACAGGAGUGUUAGAUCGUGAAAUUGAAGAUGAAUAUCGUAUACUCUUUAGAGUCGAAGAUGGUGGAACACCUUCUCUGUCUUCGGAUGUCACGGUUAAAAUUCAAAUUUCAGAUAUCAACGACAAUGCACCAGUAUUUCAGCGUCCAGAAUAUUCUACAGCCAUUUUCGAAAAUCUAGCUACCGGAAGUAAAGUUCUCCAGACGGGAGCGUUCGACAAAGACAUGGGAGACAACGCUGCCAUCAGAUACGAGCUUGACAUUUCAACACAAGAUGGCUUAAGAGCUGAUUACUAUUUUGGUGUGUAUGGAGAAACAGGUGGUAUAUAUUUGAAAAAAAGAGUGGACAGGGAAACAUAUGAAAAAUUCAUUCUGACUGUUGUAGCAAGAGACAGCGGUAAACCUUCUUUGUCGACUAAGGUAAAUAUUAGCAUACAAAUCGAAGACGUGAACGACAAUGAACCAACAUUUUCUCCUUUGUUCUACAAUACAGAGGCAUCCAAUAUCAAUCUCUGUGAUGCAAUCAUCACUCACAUCACAGCUUCAGAUUCUGACUUGGGACGCAAUGCUGCACUGAGUUUUGGACUUGAUCCAAAAGACACAUCACCUUUUUCUGUCUCUCAGCUUGGAGUAGUAAACAGAAAGGCAGAUUUGGUCCAGUCAAAAUAUAUUAUCCACGUUAUGGCACACGACAAUGGAGAUCCAGUUCUGAUGUCAUCAGAACAAGCCACUAUUCGGGUUGACAGGUUUGAUCCAGACGAUGUCGUGGUCACGUUCUAUUUCGAUUUGGCUUUUUCAUCAUUUCUUCAAAAAGAAACGAAUUUCCUUCUUCAAUUAGAGGAAUCUCUGCGUUUCAAAUAUCCCACGGCAUACGUCAGAAGAUGGUGUAUAGAGGAAAAAGCAUCAUUUCUCAUGGUUCAUGUGUAUGCUGUAAAGACGGAGAUAACAAAUGAUAUAAACAAUUUGUAUAAGGAUAAAGUAUUUCUAACAAACGGCGAGUUUCUUAACGUACUUCAGCUUGAUUCUGAUGAUAGACCAACACUAGACGUGAACGGCAAAACUUGGAAUGAAUUUUCAAUUCAGAAAGUAGUCCCUUUUGGAAAUAGAAUUGUAUAUCCUGGACCAGUUAUCUCCCGUUUGGCAGAGAAGGACGAUGAUAUUGCCGUUCCUCUCGGAGUGUCAAUAUCUCUUCUGGCUGUUGUCAUUAUUGCCAUCGCCAUAUUAAUUUAUUUUGCUUGGAGAAGGAGAUGGUGUAGAAAGAAAAAAGAGAUUGAUGAACCAAAGAAGGCCAGAGUUGUUGUAACAGAGAUAAAGAGAAAGGAAACGGAUAUACCACUAUUUGAAAAGAGAGAACAGUCCAUGGUAUCAAAUUCAGCUGUAUCGAUGGUAUUUCCAACUCAAUUAAAAUCCAGUGAAGGACAAAGCAACGAUCCUAUUUUAGACUGCGAGCAACAAACAAACAAACAAGAUUUAGAAAGCAGUUCUUCGUCACCGGGUGUAACUACCAAAGUAAUUCAGGGGCCAUAUAUAAAAUUUCCGAUUUCGGAGCGCCCUGUUUUCCAGACGACCAAUCUCACGAGAUUCUCUCCUGCUCUUUCAAGAAGCAAAAAUCAGAGUGCAACAGUAAGUCCAGUUCCAACCUUACACUCGGCAAACAGAACUCAAGACAAUGUGCCAACUUGGCGCGGAAUUGAUAUCGUAACAGGAUGGAUGUAUGAAGAAAAUCCAAAAACUAAAGUAAGAAACUGGAUACGUACACCGAGUGGAGAUAAUAAAUCGGCUUUCCUUGGAGAUUGAUACCAUUGCUCGAAGCUGUGAAAUAAUCAUGAAGGACUUUUAAGUACAUAGUUACUAAUAUUUUUGACUGAAUAUUGUAGAACUAUGUAUUGCAACUGUAACGAUCUGAUAUCUUUCAGGAAUA